AUGGCGACAGCAGCGGAAGCAGCCAUGCCACCUCAAGUUGCAAACGUGGCGCCGCAUGUCAAGCCUCAGGAGUUAUCAUUCCCUCUUCCAAAGGCAUUGCAUACUACUGCACACAUCCAGCUUACCGUACUGGACACAUGCGCGAUGGUAUUCCUGGCUACGUCAACACCGGGUGACUCGGCGGGGUCCGUGAAACCGAUGGGAAGCUUCAUUUACGCCAUGCCGGAUCGUACCAACACUCGCAACACCAUAUCCACAACUCUAUACAAUAUCCCCGGAAGCGUUGAAUACACAACCCGGAUAGCCAAGAUCCUCGCUCGUCGCAUGAAAAUCCCUGUCUACGUGGGUUCUAGCAUCGAUCCAACAGCGCUAGGGCUGCUGGUAGAGGAGGAGAUGGAGGGCUUAACGAAGAUUGUGGAUGCAAUCAUGAAGCGGUGGGAAGAGUCCCAGAAAUGA